GUCUGUUGUUGUACCUGACCACCGCGGUUGGCAUACAAAUCGCCCCAAGAAUCGCGGUUAACAAUUCAAACGCAACUGUCAUUCAACGGAGGUAGGUGCGUUAGGCAGGUCGCAGUUUUCAGUCUGGUGUUAGAGCGAACGACGCUACGUGUGGAAAUCCCCGUAAAAUCAAACGUCGCGACGCCGGUGUCGCUCUCGCUUGAUUUCCGUCUUUAUCGACGUCGGCCGUCGCGGGCCUCGACCUCAUCGAUUCUGGCGUCGAGUUUGAACGAUUUUUUUUCCGGUUUGUGGGCAAAUUGGGGAGUUAUGAAGUUUUGGUGUUGUGAUUUGGGGUGCGAUGGGAGAUUUGGUGUUUUGGGGAUGGGGGAAAUGAAGCUUGCGAGUUUAUGAGUGAGGCAGAUCCAUUUUGGUUGUUUGGUUUUGGACUGGAGCAAAUUUGAUCAACAAGAUCCGACCAGCUCAUAGAUGGCACCACGCAGACGACGCAGCCUCCCCCUCAACCUUGGACCAAUCACCACUACGCCAUCUUCGAACACCAUGUAACUCCAAAGACUGAAUCACCAAGCAGCCCGCCAAAUGGGUGCAAACAUGGGCAAGAACACGUCUCUCUUGGACGCUCUACCAUCUGGCCAAGGCACCCUCCACGUAGUGAUGCUGGGCUUGGACUCGGCCGGCAAGACCACAGCCUUAUACCGGCUCAAAUUCGACCAAUACCUGAACACGGUACCGACCAUAGGCUUCAACUGCGAGAAGGUCAAAGGCAUGAUAGGCAAGGCCAAAGGCAUCAACUUCCUCGUCUGGGACGUUGGCGGCCAGGAGAAGCUGCGACCCUUGUGGAAGUCCUACACGCGGUGCACCGACGGGAUAGUGUUCGUGCUGGACAGUGUGGACGUGGAGCGCAUGGAGGAAGCUAAAAUGGAGCUUAUAAGAACGGUGAAAUCGCCUGAAAACGCGGGUGUUCCAAUUUUAGUGCUUGCUAACAAGCAGGACUUGCCUGGUGCUAGAGAGCCUCGUGAACUUGAGAAACUCAUGGGUUUAACUGAGCUGGGCGGUGGAGGGAGCCCUGGGGGACACCUCUGGCACGUCCAGCCGGCUUGCGCCAUAACUGGCGAUGGGUUGCAAGAAGGUUUAGAGGUGCUCUAUGAGAUGAUUCUGAAACGUAGGAAGCUAGCGAAAGAGAGGAAGAAAAAGGCGAGGUAGACUUGUCUGUAAGUUUGUAGGACGCGGUGUGUAGUCAAUAUUUUUAGGGUUAGGAUGGAGUUUAAAUGGGUACUGUCCUUGUUCUAUUGCUUGGUUUUUAUUUGACUCUACUUAUAGAAUAAUGUUUGUUGCCAAUAACAGAAGAUUAAAGGCUGGAAUAACCCAAAUCUUUUUAAUGGAAUUUUUUAAUGAGAGUUGGACGUCCGUUUAUCAUGAUAAGUAACUAUAGAUUACUUACCAAUUUACAAAAAUUUGUAAAAUGGUUUGUUACCAAAAAUUUAGGGUCACAUCUACUAUUUUCAUUUAUAUGAAUGAAUAAAUAUUUUUAUUCAUCGUUUAUAUUCGUUAUUCAAAAAAAUUUAUAUCAUGUUCGAUAAAAUAAUAUCGAAUUUAUAAAUAAUCAAUUCACUCUUGAUGAUUACAUCAAAUAGUAUUGUUACUUUUUUUGUAGACUUUCCAUUAUAAAGUUCAAGUAUAAUUGAAAUUAUUGGUCACGUUAGAAAAAGUUAAAAAACUAGAACGUUAAUUCUCAACCUAACGAGUAGGUAGGUAGGCUAACGAGAAUAUUCAUUAUGAUAAAAUUUUAAUAAUAUUCUUUAUAAACCAUCCAUGAUACUACUGAUUUUAAUUGCUCAAUACCAGGUAUUCUUCAAAAAAAUCGAUUGUGUAAAAAUAUUAUCAACUCGUAUAAUAAAUCAAGAUUCGAAAUGAAUGUUGAAAUUGUUCAAUAUAUAUAAUUAAUUCUCAUGCUGAGGUUUUCUCUUUAAUUUAUAGUUCGUUCAGAUUGAUUGGAAUGAUAUAAGUAAUAUAUUUUCGCUGAAGCGUUGCUUUCGCGUGGUUCAAACAUUUUGUUAUACUACAUUCGAGGUUUCUACGUUUAAUAAGUUAUGAAAUCCUUCAAUUAUAAUCUUUUUUAUGUGGAUUCAAUAUUCGAAGAAGAGUUCAAGAUUGUUGGUAGACACAAGUAUGUAUUACUUUUUAAUAACAAAGUUUUCUGUGAAAUAUCAUGUUACUGCAAUAACAUACUUUGGAGAUAUGAUCUACAGGCUGAUCCUAAAAUGGAGGUUCAAAAGAAAAUGAGAGAUUCCUUGGAUAUGGACCCUUAAAUGUUUUGUUUUCGAGAUACAGGUGUUUCUUAUAGUCCUAAAUUUUUUGUGAUGAUAAUAUCAGCCUAUCGAAUCUUUAUUAUUUCACGCUACAGAUUGUGUAAAUAAGUAUCAAAACUUAUAAUUCAUUUAUUUAUCAUAGUUUACUAACUGGAUCUUCAUAAUAAUUUGAAUUUUUCUGAGAAUUACCACAGAAAUGUUUUCUAGAAAUCGGUAAGAGAUACAACAAAACCACAAUAAAUCUAAAAAGUGUAGUACUGGACCAAACAUUCUUUUUACAUUUUUCUAAACUUCCUGUGCUCCUCCAAAAAAAAAAAAAACUGGAGGAAAGUAGAGGGCACUGUUCUAGAAAAAUUGCUUUCAAAAUUGGCAUAUCACUUGAUGAAAACUGCAAAUUGGAAUAACUAUGCCAAAUUCAAGUUGAAUAUCUUGCGAAGGAAAAUUUUGAAAAAAAAUCAUACUAAGUGUUUGCGAACCAAUGUUCAUCAUCAUGAUGAUGAUGAUGACGAUUUAUAGAAUUGAAUUUUUGAUACCAAUUGUUGAUUAUGUUGAAAUUGGAAGUAUGUUUAAAUUAUUUUAUUUAUUAUUAUUGAUCCAAUGGGUUCUAUAAAUACGAGAUUUUAAAUGAAGCGAUUUCAUUUCCAUUUUGAAUAACUACAUUAUUUUAUUCAUUGAGACCAAAACAGGAAUAAGGUGCCUGAUAUACUGACACUCUCAUAUCCUUAUCCAAUAAACUUUCAUACAUUACAACCAAUUGACAACCUUAUAACGAAAAAUUUCCAUAAACGUAUAAAUUUUUAUGCUCACUGAGAUUAUUAUAAUCAUCGGUGUAAAAGAUGGUCCUGAAGUCAGGAGUCUGGAAAGAGUGGAAUGAUAAUUCAUCCAUUAAGAAACUGUCAGAUCUUUAUCUCAAGCGAAGAAGAAGGCAAGGGGAGGAGAACAGCAUCUUUCUCUUGAGCUGUAAUUACUGAGACAGAAAUACGACCCUAAAAGAAAACAAUCCGAAAAUAGAACAAGGUGUUCGACCCCUUAGGUUUAUCGCCUUGAUCUUGAUGGAUUAUCUUCUGAAUUUGCGAUAGGCUCAGUUAUGAUUUUAGUAUAAUCCAAGACAUCUUGAAAAACGUGGGUGGUCUUAAGAAUGCUGGACUUAUUUUCGUUACAUUUUAGGCCAGAAAUCAUAAUGAAAAGAUGGAAGAUAUAAAUAAUAUUGACCAAAUUAUACAUAAGGUAGUAUUUACAUGAAAAGUAUAAUAAGGAACAGAACAAAUUGAAAUAGAAAAAUGAAAAUAAGUAACUUCAAAUUGAUAUGAAUAUUAAAAUAGAUUCUGUUAAUAAAAUUAACAAGUAUUUUGCGUAGUAGGUAAAAAAAUUAAUGACCUACAGUUGAAUGACUUGAAACAUUGGAAUAUAGUUAAUUUGACAAUGAUUCAUGCAUAUAUGAUUAAAAAGAAUCAUAAAAAUCUGAGACAAAUGUAUUUGGAAACUUAAUAACAAUGCUCUUUCUGUUCUUUCAUAUAGGAGAUCUGUUAUUGGUGUAAAUGAUUUUAGGAACUUAUUUGAGUUUAUUCUUCAAGAUUUUAAUCGAUCCAAGGAUGGUACCCAAAUACUCCUUUUGAUAAAAAAAAAUUAUCGAGCCACAACCUUGCCUCCUAGAAACACGAACAAUUUGAUACGCAAUUUUAACUAAUGUGACUUUUUAUCAAUUUUUACGGACCUUAUUUUUAUUCCUUAUCAUUGCGAAAGGCUGAAAUUCUAAAGUGUGUACAUAUGAUAGUUUUUCUAUGUGUAUUAUAUGAUAUGUAUAAAAUUGAUAUUAUAAUGUGUGUACAUUAAAUUUGUUUGUUAAUUUGAUAGGCAGUUUGUAUGUUAUAUAAUUACUAAGCAUUUCUAUAUGGCAGCUUUCCACUUUUUGAUGGAGAUGUAUUAGCUACAAGAUUUUUUGAUACGAAAAUCUUUAAAAUUGUAUUAUAACGUAAUUUUCAAUUCUCAUGUGUAAAAUGUUGUCAUCAGAUAAAAUGCAUUGUUUGAUAACAGCGAAUGUUAUUAUCGUGCUAUCUUCUAGUCCAAUCAUGGAAAUAGAAAAACGUUGUUAAUUAUACCGCCUUACCACUUAAGACCUGACAAUUGCACGAUAAGUGUAAUAAUAGUGCAAGUGUUCCCAUCAAUUGGUAACUGUUGUACAAUGUUCGAGAGUGAAAACGAAUUGUAGACGAAAAAAUAUACCUUGAGAAGAUUCUCAUGGUUUAAUUGUAGUUGUAGGUCAUUAUGAAGUAUUUACUGAUUGUAUUUCACUUCAGUACUUUCAAUGUUGUUUUUUAUUCAAUUACACUCUGCAAAAUUUAAAUUCUCUUGAAAUGACAAGGUGAAGAAUUUCUCGCAAUUUUUUAUCUUUUCUUUGAAUUACAUUCUUUUUUGGCAUCUGUCAAUGUACUUUCUCACUAAUAAAUCACUUUUUCAUGUGAUAAUUAUUUCAAUUGUUGAAAGCUGCUGAUGAUUCUUCAAUACGCUGCAGGUAAUUUAUUUGCCACAACCAAAGUGCUCAUUUAUAGAUUAUUUAUUGUUAUUCUCCUCAAGACUCGAUAUUAUGAUGUUGCUCGAUGAGAUCGAUAUAUUGGAAUGGAAUCUAUACAAAUGAAAUACGGUUAUCUAAUUAUGUUCUCCUAUGUAUUGCCCCGAUGUAAUUUAUUUUUUAUAAACCACAACUUUUUGUGAUAAAUGAAUAUUGUUACAUUUUCAACUAGAAUUGCUUUUCUAGAUACCUAGCUAUAGUAUGCAAAUCAAGUAGACUGUUUGUACAUGUAUUUUCCCAUGCAUGUAGAUCAUAAACAGAAUAUUACUGAUGUAAGUUGUUGUAAUUAUUGAUAGUUCCCUGUUGUAAAUAUGUACCUAUUGACUACUAUAUAGACAUCAUUUGUAAAUUAAUUAUGCAAUAUAUUUGUUUUCUUAA